AUAAUGAAUCUGCAAAUUGUAACAAUUUAACUAUGUAUAAAUGUAUUAAUUCAUCAAUGUGUAUCUCAAAACAUCGACUUUGUGAUAAUGUCACAGAUUGUAAAUACAAUGACGAUGAAGAAUGUACUCAAAUCAAUGGCUCUUGUUUAUUACAUGGAUUAGAUAAUCUUUUUAAAUGUACGACAACAAAUAUCUGUAUUUCUCCAGCAUUGGUCAAAGAUGGAUGGUGUCAGUGUGGAUCUGAUCAAUAUGCUUUUUGUGAUGAUGAAGAUUUAAACAAUCUUUAUAUUAGAAAACAUGUAUCAUUCACAACUAUUUGUGAUGGUUGUACAGAAUUAAUACCUGUUACCAUUAAUGGACGAUAUAAAACAGAUGAAACAGAAUCUGAUGAAAUUGAUUGUUAUUCAUCAUCAUUAUCAUUUAAUUGUCCAUAUCAACAUUAUCAUAUUUGUGUUUCACCUCAAACAAAUCAAUUUAUGUGUUUACCUCUUGAAAAACAUCACCAACGUUGUCAUCGUGGUCUUCCAUUACGAAUUUGGUUAAACAUUGAUCAAAACUUGACUAUUGCCGCAUGUCUUUGUCCACCUAGUUUUUAUGGUAAUAUGUGUCAAUAUCAAAACCAACGUGUUAGUCUUACAUUACGAUUUCAAACAUUUUCUGAUUCUCGACGAACAUUAUUUGCAUUAAUUAUUUUACUUAUUGAUGAUAGUAAUGAAAGAAUUAUCCAUUCAUAUCAACAACUUACUUAUAUUUAUAUUCGAGAUUGUCAAACUAAAUUUAAUAUUUAUUUACUUUAUUCGACUAGACCAAAAAAAAGUUUUUUAAUUCCACUUAAAUAUCCAUUUUUACCUGUACAUCGUAUUGCUAUUCAACUUAAUAUUCCACGUACAAAUGAUGGAAAAGAAAAUUGCUUAGAUCAACCAUGUAUACAUGGUCAAUGUAUUAGAUAUUUAAAUGAUAAAAGUUUUUGUCAAUGUUAUCAUGAAUGGACGGGAAAAUAUUGUACUAUUCCACAUAGAUGUACACGUUCAUCUGAUUCAUUAUGUAUUGCCAUAUCAUCAAAUAAUCGAUCGAUUUGUAUUUGUCCACUUCAUAAAUGGGAUAAUGGUAAGUGCAUACCUAUUGAUGAAAAUAUUGUAUCUGAUAAACCAUUUAUAUGCAUCCGUCCAAAAGGAUUUAGUGGAGAAAGAUGUGAAAUAGUUGAUAAUAAAAUAAUUUUAUCAUUUCAUAAAGAUAUUAUUCUACCAUAA